UAGUAUCUGUGUAUGUGCAAUACCGUGAGUGGCAUUUCUGCAAAUACUUCCAAUACCAAUGUGUCUUUGUGUACAAAAAGGAUAACAAUAUAAUAGCAGAAAACCCACCUCCCAACGAUCGGCGACUAAAAACAGCAUAUCUCAUAUAUCAACUUGUUCAGUAAUCGUUUUUGUUGUUUUGUAUAUAAAACUCCAAAGUUCCUUCCUUUAUUAAUAAAAAGCUUAUCAAGCCUCUUUUAAAAAACCACCCAUUUCUCGAUUUUGUUCAUUUUCCAUUUCACAGAAAGAAAGGAUUCAAUUCAAUCAAAUAAAGCUUUUCUUGUUGACUUUGUGAAGAUGGGUACGUUGCAGGAGAGAUUUUCUGCGUUUAUUAACAAUAGAUGGUUGGUUUUUGUGGCUGCAAUGUGGAUACAAUCCUGUGCAGGUAUGGGGUAUUUGUUUGGGAGUAUAUCACCGGUUAUAAAGAGCUCUUUGAACUAUAAUCAAAGGCAGCUCGCGAGUUUGGGUGUGGCUAAGGAUCUUGGAGAUAGUGUUGGGUUUUUAGCUGGAAGCUUGUCUGAAAUUUUGCCUUUGUGGGGUGCUUUGCUUGUUGGUGUCUUGCAAAAUCUUGUUGGAUAUGGUUGGGUUUGGCUUGUUGUCACUGGUAGAGCUCCAGUUUUGCCUUUGUGGGCUAUGUGCGCUCUUAUAUUUAUUGGAAACAAUGGUGAAACGUACUUCAAUACAGCUGCUCUGGUUUCUUGUGUACAGAACUUUCCCAAAAGCCGGGGUCCUGUGGUGGGAAUACUCAAAGGCUUUGCUGGCUUAAGUGGUGCAAUUUUGACUCAAAUAUAUACAAUGAUCCAUUCUCCUAAUCAUGCAUCUCUCAUAUUCAUGGUUGCAGUAGGGCCAGCAAUGGUAGUCAUUGCUCUAAUGUUCAUUGUAAGACCUGUUGGAGGUCACAGACAAGUUAGAACAUCUGAUGAAACAAGUUUUACAUUUGUAUAUAGCAUAUGCCUUCUACUGGCUGCUUAUUUGAUGGGGGUCAUGCUUCUUGAAGAUCUAGUUGAUGUGAGCAACACUGUUGUCAAAAUUUUUACAGUAGUUUUAUUUGUUCUCCUUUUGCUUCCUAUUGUGAUUCCUAUUUCAUUGAGCUGUGACCAAGAACCAAGAGAUCCAGUAGAAGAGAAUCUUUUACCUGAGCCACAGAAACAAGAGGCUGGAAAAUCUGGAACAGAAACCCCUGAGGUAAUAUUCAGUGAGUUGGAAGAUGAGAAGCCUAGGGAAGUAGACUUACUUCCAGCAUCGGAAAGGCACAAACGAAUUGCACAGUUGCAGGCAAAAUUAUUCCAAGCAGCUGCGGAAGGAGCCGUGAGGGUCAAAAGGCGGAGAGGUCCACGAAGAGGUGAGGAUUUCACCUUGAUGCAGGCAUUGAUCAAGGCAGACUUUUGGCUUAUUUUUGUAUCCCUUUUAUUGGGUUCUGGAUCUGGUUUGACUGUGAUUGAUAACCUGGGUCAAAUGAGCCAGUCCCUAGGAUAUGAUAAUGCACAUAUAUUUGUGUCCAUGAUCAGCAUUUGGAACUUUCUUGGCCGUGUUGGUGGGGGGUACUUCUCUGAGAUUAUUGUCAGGGACUAUGCAUAUCCAAGGCCGGUGGCAAUGGCUGUUGCGCAAUUUAUUAUGGCCAUUGGACAUAUAUUCUUUGCUUUCGGCUGGCCUGGUGCAAUGUACAUUGGUACUUUACUAAUUGGUCUUGGAUACGGGGCUCAUUGGGCGAUUGUACCAGCUGCUGCAUCCGAGUUGUUUGGUUUGAAAAAGUUUGGAGCUCUGUAUAAUUUCCUCACUCUAGCAAAUCCUGCAGGUUCUCUUGUCUUCUCUGGUCUAAUUGCCAGUCACAUUUAUGACCAAGAAGCUGAAAGGCAGGCACAUGAGCGCCAUCACCCUAUCUUGAAUGCUGGAUCACUCAUUUCAGGCCUGGUUUUGGAUGAACCACUGAAGUGUGAAGGUGCUAUUUGCUACUUCCUUACUUCCAUGAUCAUGUCAGGAUUUUGCAUUAUUGCAGUUAUCUUAAGCAUGAUUCUUGUGCAUAGGACUAAGAUUGUCUAUGCAAACCUCUAUGGAAAGUCUCUCGGAUCAUUUCGAGAGCAGAAAUAAACUACGCUAUAAUAACUAGAGUACUUUUCCAUUUUACGAUAAUGUUUGUAUACUCCAGCCAAGGUUUUGAGAAUUUCCUGUGUUUUUUGGAAGAAAUUAUUCGCAGGACAACAGAGUUGAGCAUAUUGCAGAAGCACUCUCAGUCUUCAGGAUUUUUUCUUUUCAUCUGUCCCUUUUUCAUUUAUAACAUCUUUAAACUGGGUGCAACCAUUUAGUGACAAGAGAUCCUGAUUUGAAAUGUUGAAGUGUUGUAUAUUUUCAUCUUCUACUGCACAAUCAAUUUUCAUCUUUUUAUUUAUAGAUAAUCAAUACCAUUUUGCUGCCAUUGAUUGGUA